UAUGUACAUAUAUACACAGGCACACACACACACACACUUACUCUUGUUCACGCACGCAAUUAAAGAAUGAGCGCAUGUUGAUUGAUGGCAAGAAUUUACCCAAAACGCAAACAAAAACUAUAUACAUACACAAACACACAUACAUAGAAGUAAACUCGAAAGUAUGCCUGUACAUACACACACAUACAGCUAAGCGCAUCGACAUGAGCUAAUCAAUCAAUCAAUCGACAACAAGCAACGCUCUCAGCGUCGCACAUCCAACGUCACCGUCAGUCUGUGAUUGGCGCUGCCCCGGGAAGGUCGUUCAAGCAUACGUACGUAUGUACGCGUUAUUUCAAGGAAAACAUCGUUAUCUUUUGGGCACAGUCUGAGUGAAUUGGAAGCUAACAGAGCACUGUUAUUUUCAACAGAUUUUCUGGCUGUGGGUGAAAUGGCGGCGUUGCCGGAUCGCUUCAAUGCCGGUAAGCGGUUAUUUUGGUGCGAAUUUUUGAAACUCUACGAACAGAUGCCCGAGCUGUGGAAUGUGCACAAUUUGGACUAUAGAAACAAGGAAUUAAGGAAUGAAUCAUAUGAGAUUCUUCAGACAAAGCUCAAAGAAAUUGAACCAAAUGCCACAAAAGCCGAUGUCGGUCGACGGAUCAACAUUUUUCGCACAAAUUACAGACGAGAACAGAUGCGGAUUUGGAAACAGCAAGAACUGGGAUUGCAUCCGAAUCUGUGCAAGCCCACAUUGUGGUUCUACGAGAACAUGAGUUUCCUGCAGACCCAAGAGUCUUUUCAGCACAGAUCUAAAAGGUCGAGACUGUGGAAUAAGCAGGAUACACCUCACGAUUUAAAGGCAGACGUUGGUUCACAUUCAUCUUCAGAGGUUCCCGAGUCGAGCUUAUCCUUCCUCCAGCACCUGCAGAGUAAUUUGGAUCCACUGGACACAACGCCAACGGCAUUCUUAGCACCUGCCACCACCAAUCGCGACACAAUGCCAACAGCUUUCGAUGAGAGCAUGCUAAUCAGCCCAAAGAUUGAAAUAUUUGAUAGUGAUCCGUCGAUGGAAGUGAAUAGGCAAGGUCACAACGAUGAUGUUAAGAUGGAUAACGUCAAUUCGAGUAUCCCAGAUAUUGGCGAGCCAAAUGGCUCAACUACACCGGCAACGACUGCAAUGAAGGGUCUUCAAACAGACGGGACGUCUCCCAUUCUCAGUGAAGCCUCCGAAGCAUUAGCGAAGUCCUGGGCCAUUCAAUAUGAGGAGAUGGCGCCGACGCAACGAAUUCUGGCGAGGAAAGCUAUUGCCGAUAUUCUCUUUGAAGGCUGUAUGGGCAACUUGCGGGUUAAUCGUGGCGAUCGCACUACUGUGGUUAAUAAUGUUUAAGACUUGUUGUACUCUAUGAACUACAAAUGUAAAUAACUAAUAAAUAUAACGACAAAUUAAAU